UCUUGCAGUAGGUUAAGUGCAGAGGAGUGAAAUUGGUUGGCAAACGGUAGCAAGUUUUAUCAUCGACGAGAAAAAAGGAAUAGAGGAACGCGAUACAAGUGGAAACCGUUCCGUCGUCGAGACCACGAUGACUACAAAUGCUCGAGAUAAGUGUAUAGCACGGCCAUUUAUUUAAACCGUACGAAAGGGAGUUUCUGGGAGAUAAAGGUGGGACGAGCACAUCACAGCACAAAUGUAAACUUUGGCCAAACAAUGGUCUUUAUAUCUGAGAGAUAUGCAUUAAGCUCUUUGAAGGGUAUAAACUUAACAAUGACACGAAUGGAAGGAAACACUGUGAACUUCUGUAAGGAAGUUAAAAUCAGUGUCUUAAAUCCAAGUUUGAUAAAUGUAUAAUCGGCAUGCGCGCCCUUAUAGUUUCGACGUGAUGAGGAAAAUGAUUACCAAGAAAUAGCAUUCUUAUUAUAGCCAAUUGGGAUAGAAGAAUACGAAUCAACUUACAGUGAAUGAUUGUGAACCUCAGUAUCAAAUGUGCUUGUCAUCAUUGAUGUAAAAAAAGAUUUGUUGUUUUCGUGCUGAAUUUAUAAUAUAACAAGUCGUCUUAUUUAAAUUCUUUCCGCGUUUUGACGAAAAUAAAAGUGUGCUUUAAGGCCCAAACUAUUAUAAGGUAAAGCUUAUUACAGAUCUCAGUGUAUUAGAUGUUCCAUAAGCGAAUCACGAAACAUCGCUAUGCAGUAACAGUAUUUGGCGAUACGAAUCAUGAUAUUUUACAGAAUAUAUAUUACUGAAGAAAACAAAAAAAUAUAUAAGUUUAUACCUUUAAUUAUCUUCUGUAACUUCUGUUUAUAACUGUUAGAAUCUUAUUUUCAAGUAAGUUUUUAUUGCUUUGAAAUAAGGGUCAUCAGAAAAAAUUAUGCAUCUAAUAGGAUGCCAUUUUAAAAAUAGUGUCUUAGUCCGCAUGUUAGAAGAACUUUAAAUAGUUAAAUCUGGUAUUACACUGGAUUAUCUCUACAUGGCAUAUAUAUUUAAUAUAAGUAAAGAAUUAAAAGGGACGUUUUCGCAGAUGUUGUAUUGUUUCGAAAAUUGCGGAGUGAAUUUAAUGGAUGUAUUACGAGUCGAAUGAUGGCGAUCAAUGUGUUUUAAGGUUUGAUGUUCCUCCACAACUGUUUUUACUGAUAAGUGGCACGUGAGGCAAACCGCGAUGUUGGUACUUUAUUAGACUAUAUGACAGUUUAAAUAAAUAAAAAACACAAUAUGCUUUAAAAUUAUGUUUUAAAUUAAUGCGUGUUGUAAUUCAACUCGGGUUAUUUAAGCAACAUGUGUAAAUAAAUAUGAGCAUUACGGUAUGUGAUCAUAUUACCAUCGAAUAAUGGAAAAUGAAAACAAUAGAAUGAAACAUGAGCAGCGUAUACAGAUGUUAUCCUAUUGAGCAAUGAUAGCGUUCAAUAGUAGUCAAUUAAACCAUACCACAUGGUAAUAUCUGGAUUGCGAAACAAAAGAAGAAUGUGUGUGUUUGUGUGGAUAACGAUCGAUUUAAUGUAUUUCGCGUCUAUGGUAGUUCGCUGCUAAAAGAUUAAGCAUUUGGAAUAAUGUUCGUCUGGAUCUUACAUGUGUGGAUCGGUUUACCGACGAAAAAAAUUUGAAAGCAAACUAUUGAUGAUGUCGUCUACAACCACUAAUUCUGUAGCAGGGCAUCCAGAAUGUUUUAAAGCAACCGAACUGGAAAACAGCGUUGUAUGUGCCAUCAAAUUGGAUUCACAACUUAACACCAGUGUUCAUAAUAAAAAUACGCCAAUAGAAAGACGAAGAUCCGCAAUUAACGUGUUUCUUACCAUCGCCCAAUUACAAACAAAUAGUGAUUGUAGUGAGAUGAGAGUAUAUUGUCGUCACAGGACUAUUUACCUAAUUACGAACGGAAUGUUGGAGUGGCAGGACCACUGGUUCAAGGAUGUCAAACGACUUCCAGCAACAUUCAUGGGAUUCAUAGGCACAUCAGGCGAAUUGAAGAUCUGCGGAAAAUCUCGCGACAACUCUCAAGACGUACAAUCUGCGUUCGCUACAUUAGAUUCUUUCCUUAAACCUGAAAAUGUAUUUUAUAUCAAUUAUUACGAUUUAAAGAAAUCCAUUUCAGUGUCUGAUUGCAAAGGUAAAGCGUUUCCAGAAUAUUCAGACGACAUUUCAGUGUCUGAUUGCAAAGGCAAAGCGUUUCUAGAAUAUUCAGACAUCAUUUCAGUGUGUGGUUGCAAAGGCAAAGCGUUUCUAGAAAAUUUAGACAAAAUGCAUUUUGAUUGUUUUAAGACGCAUGCUGGAUCUAAAUUGAACGUCUGUCCAUCCAACCCACCUGUACAUAAUUUGCCUGCUCAAGAAUUCGAGGAUUCCGAACAGGAAUCACAUUCAGUUCAGGCUGAAGACGAUGCCGAUGCUUUAAGUUCGAUAGCUCCAUCAUCUAGCAUAAGAGAUUUUCCAAAUGUGCACAGUAAUUAUUCUAGUUCCAAUCACAGUCAUUUAACGUUUCGUUCACAUAGCCAUAAUAAUUUGAGUGUUGGUAAUCAUAAUAGUGAUGGAAAUCAACGAUUUGACGGUCGAGAGUUCAACAGCCAGCCAGUAGGAAAUGCCGCUGUUGUUUCAAAUGACUCACUUGUACUAAAUUGUCAGAAUCAACACGACGAUCUACCGCAUCAUAACGAUUAUUCUCGACAUGGAAACAGAAUACUACAGAACCCAGAGGCCAUUUACCCGACAGCAAAGUAUCCCAACUUUAGACAUGAAGAAGACAGACGUCAAUCGUUCUCUACUUGGCCUAGGGCGUUGCCGUCAGCUCACGAUUUUGUCUCGGCGGGAUUUUUCUAUACAGGGAACGGUGACCUAGUAAGAUGUUUCUGCUGUGGGAUUGGACUGAAGGACUUCUCGGACACUGAUAAUCCGCUUAUGGAACAUGUCAAACACUCGAGAAACUGUUCUUUCCUCUUAGAAUAUUUUGGUAGCCGAGAAGAAAUACAGCAAUACGCACAAAGUAUUUCAACCCAAGAACCCGAGGAGAUCCGGCGUCAACAGAGGCAGCGAUAUAACAGUAUACAAGGUCUUAACGUCAAUGGAUAUAGAGCAAGACACGAGCGGCUCCGGUCUCUUCAAGCUCGUUUAGACACGUUCACCAACUGGCCAUCACACUUGGCUCAAAGACCCUAUCAACUUGCCGCAGCUGGACUGUAUUACACCGGAGUUGACGACCACUGCCGCUGCUUCGCGUGUGACGGUGGUUUGAGGAAAUGGGAGCCAGGAGAUGAUCCCUGGAUAGAACACUGCAGAUGGUUUCCGGCUUGUCCACAUGCGAUUGAAACCAAAGGGCGCGAUUUUAUUGACCUUAUACAACUUUCAGCGGAUCAGGCUGCCGACGAAAACGCAUCCGCUCCACAGGAAGAAAUGACAACCUCCAUGGCUCGAAUGUCAAUAGAGGAAACUCUUGUACAGAGAAUAGCUGAUCGAUAUGACAGUAUGCUGAAUGGAAGCAUGGGAUUUUCUAAAGAAGAAAUCAAAAACGCUGUACUAGAACUCGUUCAGCAAGGCAAUAAAGCUCCCAACGUAGAGGACAUCGUCACACAAAUUGAAAUAAUUACGGAGAGAAACACACUCCUGCAUGAGGUCCGUACGUCCAAUAAUGUCGAACAAACCGAAGAUGGGCUACUGGUAGAAAACACCCGCCUUAAAGGAAUUCUGAUGUGCUGCCUUUGCAGAAAGAAUCAAGUGAACAUUCUGUUCCUACCAUGCACCCAUCAUAAAGUUUGUCUUGAAUGCUCGAGAGAUAUUCAAACAUGUCCAAUGUGCAAGCGGACCAUCAAAGACAAGAUUCGUACUUACAUGUUGUAAGACGCAAACAGUUGGAAUAUAGACAAAUUAAUAGAUGAUCAUUUUAUUAGCAUUGGCAUCAAUUGUCACAUUUUUGAGUGAUAAAAAGUCGUUGGCAACACGUGUUGAAUAGUGUGAUGAUACUUGAUAUUUACCUGUUAAACUCCCAAUGCAUUUCCAAGACAGACUCUUGGGCAAUUGCUCGCUUUCCAUAAAUGAAGAACAUCGGAAUAUAAUAAGAUUACUAUUCUUCUGGUUCUUCAUUUUCUCCAUAUUAAACUCAGGAGAAAAAAACCUCAGUACUGGAUUGUGCGACAUCUAUGCUAGUUUAAGAGAUCGGCAUUAACGAGACAGAUCAACAUGAACGUGGUCCCUGGAUCGGUUCUUAAUCCGUAUCGAUUUGUUCACAAAGUGAUUGCACUCCCGGAAUUAAAUACCAAAGUUGAUAAAACUAAACGAAACUCAUUACUACGAAAAACUCUUACUAAAACAUAUUGAUUAUUCGGACUGAAUUCCUCUGUUAUUGGGUCGCUACAGGUAAGUUGAUGUAGUCAAGUAGUCUUCUUAUCAGUCAGUUAUGUUGCUUUGUUUGAUGCGCAUUCAACACCUUAUUAAUUAUCAUAUUCAAACGUCUACUUGUUAUUUCUACAAUAGUGUAAAGCGUAUUCGUAAUCAUGUGAGCAGUGUCAUAUAAACACAAUACAUGUCAGGUUUUAAGGAGUCUAUGAACAACACAUACAUCUGCUGGAUUCGAAAAAUACCUUAAUGUGUUGGUUAUAUUUUCCUACAGUUAGCAAGGAAUACGCAUGCAACGCUCUUGAGCUACACGUGUGUUAAUGCUUUGCCAAUACCAAAAUGAUACAUUUGUAAACAAAAAUAUUCGACUAAACGCCGAAUGUAUAUAUCUUUUGUGCUUAAAUUGGCUUUGCAUUAGCCGUAUAUAUCGUAUAAGGUAAUCGUAGAAUCGAUUUCUUAGAAAUGGAUAGUGAUAAUGUUAUUGUGUAAAGUGUGGCGUAAUGAUAAUGUGUGCAUAAUUGUUAUAAUUCAUACGCGUUUGGUAAUUAUUUAUUACUGUUAUCCACACAAGAAGGAAACAAACAUAAACUCAUCCGUAAAGGGAGUUUUCCUGUGCCGUCCAAUGAACAGGCUGUACAUAAGUAUUUCUCAGAGAAUCAUACCACGCUGUAUUAUGUUGAUUAGGAAACUGGAAUGUUUAUCGGAGUGUAUGGGUGUGAUACUCAACGCGUCCGUUGAUAAAAAUAGAGCUGUCAAACGUUUGUAAUGAUUACAGAUCAACGCAUAUAGACAAUAUGACAAUCAUCGUUCAAACUGGAACAGCCGCGUAUCAUCGCCAACAUAAGUUUGCAAUUAACUGCCCUUCACGGUAAUCGUUGUGCUGACCAAAGUAGAAAUUCUGAGCUGUAGAACGUGGUUUGAGCAAAGGAACUAUGCUUCGCUGUGCGCAAAUGACACGAACGCAGAACUGUUUAUUAGAAAGAUGAUUGCAAACAUCUGACUUACACGCCCUGACGCUUCAAUCAACGUUUUAAACUACAGAGAAAGUUUGUGUAAACUUUUUGCAAUCAACUUAGUGUAGUAAAUACACAAAUAAAUAAUGCAUAUUGGAAUCUUGACAGAAGAGCAUACAUAUGCAAGUGUAUAAUAUUAAUGUAUGUGAAGACAUUUACCAACUGGAGUACUAAUCAUGAACUAAUUGAAACAUAUUUGAACGAUUAAUGUGAGCGAUAUAUGUACAUUAUUCGUGAAUAAACAAUAACGCAGUGAAUAACUUUUUUCUAGAAUUCGCUAUCGUUUAAAAUAACGUGUAGAAUAGGUGACGUAUUGAAACAAAGCUUAAAAGUAGGAUGUAUGGCUUAAUAAUCGAUCGAAAGUAAAUUACAACUUGAUUUGUAAAGUAUGAUUUUGCAAUAUAGAUGAUGUAUGUAUUGUCAGUAUUAACUAUUUUAGGCUUUAGUUAACUAAUGCAUAUCGGCUUCUGAUGUACUCUGCCAUUUUUAAAACAUCACAUUAUGAUCAUGAACUUUAACAUACGGACUGUUUUAUAAAAACAUGUUUAGUGGUUCUGUGAUAAUGAGUGCAAUUAUCUUUAUUUUAGCAAUAAACAUAUAAAAGGUA